CUACCUGCCAGGAGUGCCAGGAGUCUUCUUCAGGACUUUCCAGGUCCAAGUGGGUCACCUGGAACCAGUAGAGAUCUCCCUGAAAGGAGAGGGGAACUUUCCCAGGUUCUCCUUGGACCUCCCCAGGAAUAUCAAAGGAAAUGAAAAAUAUGAGAAGGUCCUCAAGGAGGCAAAAGAGAAGAUGGAACAAGACAACCAGAGAGACCAAGCAGUUGUUCUGGGGGAGGCUGUGGCUGCGGAGCCACUAACAGACAGCUCAGACAUCAUGUUGGAGCCUUGGCUACAGAUGCAGAUGGAGGACUUGCUACUAGAGGAACAUGCCCUGGAGCAGCAGAAAGCUCUGGCCUCCAAUGCCCCAGAGGACAGUGCCUUUGGCCAGCAUGCUUACCGGAGGCUUCUUGAAGCUGAGCUGCCCGAGUACAUCUUGGACUUCGGCUAUGUCAUUCUUGGUAGCAUUCCACACGCGCAUUGUGACCGUCACCAACACUGGGCAGUUCCCUGUGUCCUUCCGCACCGGUGGAAGGGUCCUGCGUGGCACAGGUUUCAGCGUGGAGCCAAACCGCAUAGAGGACCUGCCCUGCUGCAAGACUGAGACAUUUGAAGUACGCUUCGACCCAGGAAGUGCCAACCUGCCUCUGGGAGAGGUGGACAUGCUCCUGCCUAUCAAGGUAGCAGAAGGCCCCACGUUUCACAUUCGCCUCCGUGUCAACGUGACUCUGCCAUCCCUCUGCAUCUCCAAGGACAGCCUGGAGUUCUCCGCUGUGCAGUGUGGGCAGUGCCAGGAAGAAACUGUCCAGUUCCAUAAUCAGCUGCAGGUUCCCUGUACGUGGUUCCUCACCAUCAACGAGCCUGUUAAGAAGGUGGACAAACAAGUGCGAGGGAAUGUGCGUCGGAAGCUGCUCCAGGAACGGAAGAGCAAGCCCCGUGUUUUCACAGCGCUGCCCUCGGCUGGAGUCCUCUCGCCAGGACAGCGAUGCAAUGUGCGAGGCAGGUUUUCACCCACAGAAGAGAAGUCCUACAAAAGCAUUCUGAAGAUUAACAUUUCCCAGAGCAGCCAGCAUCUCCAGCUGCGGGUCUCAGGGCAUGGGCUGGAGCCACACCUGGAGUUUUGCCCCAAAGUUCUUGAGCUGGGACCGUUGCUGCCAGACAGCCAUGGGGUGGAGGGGACAGUGGUGGUGAAGAACCCGUGCAAGUUCCCCAUUGAGUUUUACUGACUGGAGUUUGACAAGGAGUACCUUGCCGAGGAGCAGAUCCUGCGGAUGCUGAAGGACUACAAUUCCCAAAACAGCUUGUUGCUACCUCCACGCGCCCCAGGUGAGAAGCUGCCUGUAGAGGUGCUGGAGUAUUAUGAGGACCAGAAGAGGCUGCAAGAUGAGCAGGCAAAGUCCGGGACGGUGGAAGCAGCAGGCCAGGCCAAUGGAAACUUUGAAGGCACCCAGGCUCUCUCAGAUGAAG